GCGGGCCCAACUCGCCGCAGCGCGUCGUCUCCAAUCUCCGAGGAUUCCUCACCCAUCGCCUCAGCAACAUCACACCGAGCGACACAGGUUGUUCACUGGCAUGCCAACAACUCGUACACCUCCAACUACAACAACCACACCAAAACAUGUAAAACCACACAGCAACAACAUCAAGAGCAGGAGCAAACAACACAGUUAACCACAAGCAACGACAAACCACCUCAGAGCGGGCAAUUAGCGGAGCGGAAACGGAAGCGGCCAUAUUUGUAGCGAGAGCUAAGCAAUUUCCGGCUGUAAGAAUGGCAGGCCCGCCGAUCGGCGCAUAAAAGCUUUAAGGCAACAGAGAAGAGUACAAAACAGGAAAAGAAGAGACAAAGAGAGAGGGGGAGGAAAUCCCGAAGAAACUGGAUCAGAACUUUGUACACCUCAGCAAUUGAAACUAAUUAAUUGCAACCAAAAUGGCCUCAUUCCAAAUACCUGUUAUCAACCUGGAGGUGCGCGAGGUCAAGGACAUCGUGUGGGAGAAGAUCCAGGAGCCGGUGAACCAGCGACGCCUCAUCCUCGUGAUUGUGUCGAUAGCCCUGCUGCUGGACAACAUGCUGUACAUGGUGAUAGUGCCGAUUAUACCCGACUAUUUAAGAGAGAUUGGCAGCUUCGAUGACGGGCCGACGCCUCCGCCGUUGAGGGAUAACAUCACGGGAAAAAUCAUACCCGUGCAUCAUGAUCAUCACGGGCAGGACUCAGCCACGGGCAUCCUAUUCGCCUCGAAGGCCAUCGUCCAGCUGAUGGUGAAUCCGUUUUCGGGCGGCCUCAUCGACAAGAUCGGCUACGAUUUGCCCAUGAUGAUCGGCCUGACCAUCAUGUUCUUCUCCACGGCCGUCUUUGCUUGUGGCAGCAGCUACAGUGUCCUGUUCUUCGCCCGAUCCCUGCAAGGAGCCGGUUCCGCCUUUGCAGACACCGCCGGAUUGGCCAUGAUAGCCGAUCGGUUCACCGAGGAGAACGAGCGUUCGCAGGCCCUUGGCAUUGCGUUGGCCUUCAUCAGUUUCGGAUGCCUGGUGGCGCCUCCGUUUGGCGGAGCGCUCUACCAGUUCGCCGGAAAGGAAGUGCCCUUCCUGAUCCUGGCGCUGGUGUGCCUACUGGACGGGCUGAUGCUGCUGCUGGUGAUGAAACCGGUCAAGGAGGCGAUGAAGCAAAGCAAGGAUGUUCAGGACCAAGUAAUACCCAUCUGGCGCCUGCUGAUGGAUCCCUAUAUUGCCGUCUGUGCCGGGGCACUGACCAUGUCCAAUGUGGCGCUGGCCUUCCUGGAGCCCACCAUCUCGCUGUGGAUGGAGGACAACAUGACCACGGACAACUGGAAGAUCGGCAUGGUCUGGCUACCCGCCUUCUUUCCACACGUUCUGGGCGUGGUCAUUACGGUGAAGAUGGCCCGCAAGUAUCCGCAGCACCAGUGGUUAAUGGCCGCCGGUGGAUUGGCCCUGGAGGGCUUCUCCUGCUUCAUCAUACCGUUCUGCAGUGGCUACAAGAUGCUCAUGCUGCCCAUCUGUGUGAUCUGCUUUGGAAUUGCCCUAAUAGACACGGCUCUACUGCCCACACUCGGCUAUCUGGUGGACGUGCGAUAUGUGUCGGUGUACGGCAGUAUCUAUGCCAUAGCGGAUAUAUCCUAUUCGAUCGCUUAUGCCGUAGGGCCCAUCAUCGCCGGCGGAGUGGUGGAGGCCAUUGGGUUUACGGCUCUCAACUUCUUGAUAGCCUUCUCGAAUCUGGCCUAUGUGCCCGUGCUGCGAAAGCUACGCAACAUCUACGACUUCAAGCCGUUCGAGAAUGAGGCCAACAUCCUGAUGCAGGACCCGCCCAACAAGGAGUACCAGACCUAUGUGAUGCACGACCAGAAGCCAGUCGAGGGUGGCGUCAAGAACCAUCUGGAGUACGGCCAGCAGUAUCAGCAGGAGCAGGAGACCAAUCUGGAUGACCAGCAGUACGAGUACCAGCAGCAGCAGCAGGGAUACCAGCAAGGAUAUCAGCAGGAUCAGGGCUACCAGCCGGGCUACCAGGAGCAGGGCGGCAGCUACGCCCCGCAAGGUCAGCCCCGUGUGGCCAAUCCCUUCCAGCAGCAGCAGCAGCAACAACAGCAGCAGGUCCAGAGCAGAGGUCCUGCCGCCCCAGCGAAUCCCUUUAGGCAAGGAUUUUAAACUGUUGCCCCACAUGCCCAAAGCAAAACAGAUACUCCUAGUUUUAAAUCGUGUUCUUUUGCACACCUCCGUGUGCAAUAUUCUGUUCUCUGUUGAACCCACUCUAAUCUAGACACAAGACACAUACACAUAUAUUAUUACUAUAGAAAUAUAGGCAAGUGGUACGUACACUAUAACGAGCAUAACAUGCAGAUAGUUAAAAUAGCAGCUAGUUAAUGCCUUGCACCGCACCAAGUUUUGUAUCAUACACGAAUGUUGAAGCAACCGAGGACAGUGAUGGGUAAGGUAGGACUUGAGUUUACUUGGAUGUGGAAAUGGACCUAAAGGACACUAAAAGGAUGGAAGCUUAUAUUUUAAAAUCCAAUUUAAAGUUACAAAACUUAAAAGGCAAGCGAAAGUGCGAACUGAAUUUGUUUUAAUUAACAAAGCUAAUACCAAAAAAGGAAGUUAAUACAAUAUAAUACUAAAAUCAAGCUAUUUGUAAAGAUGACAUUAUAUGCGAACAGUCCAUUAUUUCGAAAUGCCAUAAAAAUCAUUGUUUCAGUAACUAGCAAGGCAAAAUGCAAUUUGAAAACUAAAUAUCCAAUAUUCCUAUCCAAGUAAGCCGCCAAACUACCAGGCCUAAGAAAUGCCCAUCACUGAUAUAACGCAUAUAUGCUAUAUAGAGCGGUCCGAUCGGAUCGCCUAUGCCCUAUACUCAGUACUCAUGCAGCCGUUUUCGUGUCUAUCAGUCAGUGAAGCUAGAGAAACCAAAGCCUAGUCAUAGAUAGUUGAUAAGGGGAGGAUUCGGACUCGGUAUCGAACUCCCGCCCCAUCAAGUAUACACACAAGUAUCAGAUAUUAUAUACACGCAUACACAUAUAUAUAUAUAUAUAUAUAUCUAUAUACAAGCUAGCUGUGUAAGCAGCUCAGCUGACCAGAGGACCACUUUUGCCCGAGUGCCGCCGCUAGACAAGCAAUGGCAUCCAUAUCGCAGACAUAUCACAAGUUGCACAAAUCGAAACCCUCCCACGCCCACUACAAAAAAGAGGAACUCCUUCGGGUGUCAUUGUGGCGGACUUGGGACGAGAGUGGAUUCCCGGCCAGAGGGGCUAUAUGAUUUCCGGUUUGAAAAGCAUUAUGAGUUGAAAGUUUCUUAAACAUAAGACACAACCAAGGUAACGAUACAUAUCAGAGUCUCGAUGGCUCGCCUGUUAAAAUUACCAAAAGUGAUAUUACUUAUUGCUACUAGUCUAUAUACAACAUACAUACAUAUAUCGUAUCAUAUCGAUAGCAUACACAACUAGUUUUAGGACGUACAUGAAGAUGUGUACAUAAGUUAUACAACAACCAAUGGAAACAGAAAUCAAUUGAGAUUCAAAUUCAAGUUUCAUAUUUACCUACCAAUCAAUUAUUAUUUGCUUGUUGACUCUAUGUGCACAUGGGCGGUUCCAGCCAUGGAAACUGCCGCCAUAGUAGAUCUUCGAUAGCAUAGCAUAAAUGUGUGUACCUUGUCUAUAAGAUAAAGAUAAACCUAACUGAAUAAUAUGAACAUAUUUACUAACGAUUAUUGUAGUCAUACAGUAUUUUAAUUCGUUUCGACUGCACCACUUUUUAGGGCAGUUUACUGCCCCUAUAUUAUACACCAUUUAGUCGGACCUAAGAUCCGUCAUAUCGAUAAGUAAAUUGAUCUUUUAUAUACAAUUCAGCAUGCGUAUAUGGAUUUCGGAAUAUUUAUCUACACUUUUCGAAUGUGUUUAGUCGAAGUUUAGAGUUGAUUGCGAGUAUAUCACAGACUUUCUAUAUCCGUAAACAUAUCAGUCAAACGGCCAUUUAAACACUGAUAUUAAUUUAGCGAAAUCAAUUGGUUAGAUCGCAGUCUGCAUAAAUAUACACUAACAGAAAUGCACUGAUUUUGACGAAGUUACAAAAUACGUUCAUAAGAUUUUAGAAAAAUGCUCGUUUCGAUACUUUCAUUAAUUUUGUUUUAGAUACUCUAGAUAAACAACAACGUUAUCUGUUUUUAUGGAUUGUCAGCUUUAUAUUUAAUUAAAUUCCAUUAUUUUCCCUAUUUUACCGACACUAAAUAUAUGUACUUACAAAAUAUAUACAUAGUUCUACAAAUUUACAAAACUGUAGAAAGGCUCUAACUAUAAUAUGAAUUAAACUCAUGAAAAAAUCUCCCAUCAAAUGUAUCAAUUAAAACGAAGACGAGUAGUGGUGACAAGAGAAGUGUUAAAGCAACUACAUAUUUAUAUAUAAAGCGAAGAUGAAUAAAAGCAGAACAAUUAAUAUAGUCAAAUAAUAUAUAUUAUUAUGUAACAUAUUAUAACCUUCUUUAUUUAAGUAGCUAACAAUAGAAUUCUAAUAACAACUAACUAAACAUAUAUACAACAAUAUAUAUGAACAUGUAUAACAAGACACCGAAAAAGCAAUAUUUAUAUAAGUUUCCUUUGAAACAAUCAUCUAAAAACAAAAAUGCCAGGUCUUAAAGUCAUGUAAGGAUUCAAAUUCCGUUUAAAAAUAAUAAGACAUUAACUUUAGUCCGUUCCUUUCACUCACAUAUGAUUGAUUUUUACAUGACUUUCGAAACUGGACGUAGAUAGAUGUCAAACAAAUAAAAAAACGACAAUUUCAGGCAUUCAAGAUUUCAAUAGAUUUGAACAGUUUUAACCAAAGUUUGGUAGAGCGCAACAUGUAUAUGAAUCUUCCACUUUUGGUUUACAAAUAAAUAUAUACAUAUAUGAAUAUACAGCUAAGGAAUAACCAUCACAUUAUGUACUCAAAGGACGAGGACCCUGAAGGUCGAUGGUGAAGAGCCUGAAGGAUAUGUGUGCAGCAGUGCCGGCAAUGUGUAAUAACUUACUAAACAAAUAAGAGCAAAUGGAACGCAUAAACUGUAUGUGUUACAAGCAAAUAAUUAUAAAUAUAAAUAUUAAAAUAAAAGCAUAAGAGAAAUGUAUGAUAACAUACAUAUAAGUAAAAUAUACAUUUAUAAAAUGAAUUAUUAAACACGAUAGCAGUUAAUCGAGUGGUUAUACUCUGCGUAUUACAAGUGUUGAAUGUUCAAUAGCAUUAUAUGAAUUAUGAAUUAUAUGCAAUAACUGUGCGCUAUGGAUAAUUAAUUAAUGAACAAAAUUCAUUUUUAAUAUCGAAUAUAUACUAAAUGAUAUAGGGAUUUUACCUUGGCAACAAAACCAGUAGCACACAAAAAUAAUUUCAUAUUUUUUCAUAUGAGAAUUGCCUCUCCGACAGUUUCUAUGUGUUGUGCGUGUGAAGAACGUUUUAGAAAAUUUAAUUGUAUACCCUAGACAAAAUAAAAUGACACACAAACUUAUGUAAUGCCCCCCAGUUCGGUUUUGUAUUGUAUAUAAGGCAUAUUGUUAGUUUCGAAUGUCCUUUUGGUAGAAGUCAAAGUGUUUCAAGUACAUACUUACAUAGAUGGUACAGAGCUAAAUUAUACAAAGAUCUUUGCAAUUUGUUUCGGCUAAUGUUAUAGACGUUUGUGUUACAUAUCUAACAAUAAUUAUAACGGUAAACGGUGGAAAUUAUAAUACAAAUAAUUAAGCAAAUGCAAGCCAGAAGAGUAUCUAAAAUUUUACCAAAUAUCAAAAUCCCAGUUCUGUAACGUUGCUGUUCAAUUUCCAAGUCUAUCCAUCUAUAUUCUAUGCGUAAUUAUGUUUGUAUCUGUAUAUCACAACGUUCUUCAACUAUCCCCAAAACGAAACUUAGCAAACUAAGUGCUAUGCAUAUCAAAACGAACGAGAAAGCGAAUCGAUGUUCGAUGUUCGAUGACUUAACAUGGCUAAAACCCAAAAAACCCUCUAUAAUCAAAUGUAAGCAAUAGGGAAAGAAGCAGGAACUGCCUCGAAAACUUCAAGUUCGGAUCGAUGUGUGUAUAUUUUCCUUAAGAUUCAUUCACGGCAUAAGUCGGCAAAAAUUGAAAGCUUAAACAAAUACCAAACUGGCAUUUGCCGGAUUUGUUCAAGGGUAAAAAUACAAAUAGAAAACUCGCACACAUGACUCUAUAAACGUAUUUGAACUGCAUCGAUGAAAGAGAAUUCAGAAUGGCAGUUGCCUGCUUUCGGCUAUUGGAAAAAGCUAUGAAUAAUGAAUUGAACGAGCAGAAAAAAUUAUAACCGAACGUACAUUAAAGCAUACAGAUAUUGGCAUGAGCUAUAGUGGAAAGAUAAUGCAUUAUUACAGAGCGACACACCCAACACACACCCACAACCCAUACUACACACACCCAACCACCACAACAGAAACAGAGGACAAACAACACAAAACAAACAUGUACUAUUGAAAUAUAAUUGUUAACCAUGAAAAAA